AACAACAACUUCCGGUUGUUGUCAAAAGGAUGCCCGACAAUAAAACACAUUAGGGCUUGUUGCGUCGCCUGAUGUUUUAUUUUGAAAGAACAUCGGAAUCUUUCUUUGUAUACGCUUUUGCAGUCACACGGAGCGAUAGAAUGGAAAGCAAAAGGAAUCAACGGAGAAGCGGUAGGAAUGGAGAAAUGGAGAGCUGACGGCAUGUCGAACACGUUCAAGUCCCCGCGGUGUCACCAUGAUUAAGUAAGGUUGUUGACAACAAAAGGCGGAAAGUGUCGAGUAGAUUCUCCGUAGGUUUGACGCCUGAGCUUGAGGACAGCUUCCUAUGCGGAGGCAAGUCUGCUUGUUAAUACGUGUGGCUCCCAACGCGACGCAGCUCAUUUUGACAGCACAAUAGGUAGCUCAGUAUGAGUCGAGAUGUGUGGACCAAGAAGAGAGCCAAUGCCAGUGGAGACAAUGGUUGGGCUGAGAGGGGCGGCUACAUGGCUGCCAAGGUGUCAAAGUUGGAGGAGCAGUUCAAAAGCGACGCUCCCAGGGAGAAACAGAAGGAUGGCUCUUCCAGCAUUUUCACUGGGGUGGCCAUCUAUGUGAACGGCUACACAGAACCGAGUGCGGAUGAGCUCCGCAGGCUGAUGAUGCUGCACGGCGGGCAGUUCCACGUCUACUAUUCCCGCUCCAAGACCACCCACAUCAUUGCCCACAAUUUGCCAAACUGCAAAAUACAGGAGCUAAAAGGAGAAAAGGUCAUCAAGCCCGGCUGGAUCACUGACAGCAUUAAAGCAGGGCGUCUCCUCCCUUACUUGCACUACCAACUGUACGCGAAAUACAAAGCGCCACUUUUUCCGGCUAUGAAGCCGCGUCAGACCUCAGAGACCGCCGGACCCAGUGACAGUCUUCACAGCAUUCCCAACCAGGAGACCUCGAACUCAAGUUACCCCGCUCACAAACUACAAGGCUCCCUUCAGAAGACCCCCUCAUCCCACCCACAUCAUAGAACCCCCUCAGCAUCCCCUCACCCAGACCCUGAGCACAGCCACUUUAGUGUCCAGCCAAGACACUGCAGCAGUUCCAAUUCCCACAACCCGCUAUUUAAAUCAAGCCCCUUAAAGCACCCACAGUCGGGACUUUUAUCACCUUACGCCCUCCAGUCACAGAGAGCAGACCAACCUGAACCUCAAACCUCCUGCAGUACGCACCAGAGGAGACACAAAGAAGUGGAAAUAAGAGUGAAUGGAUCAGUGCAGACCUCAGCAGCAGCCUUGAUACCAGAGUGCAUCAAAGCCCCCUCCCCCCUCGCCAAUGGACACGCUCAUCUUUUUAAUGGUGCCUUAAAGUCAAAGGACCUUGUUCUAGACAAAGUUUGUGUUCCCAAGGACCUGAGUGAAUGCAGAAUCGCGAGCUCUGAAAGAAAAGACACUUCUCCGAACAAACUGGAUCCGUACGAGUUCCCCAACAGUCCUCCAAAGCAGUCUGACCUGCUGCCUGUUUGUCUUGAGGAUUCAUAUUCAAAAGAUGCACUUAAUUCGCCACAACAAACAUCCCUUCAAGUCGACUCGAAUCCCGACAAAAUUCCUCAUUCCCCGCCGUCCCGUCCACAUGUCCCCGUGCGUCUGAACGGAAGUCACCACAAUGCCUUUUCAUCUCACCCGGCCUCGGAAAGCAACUCAACAGUCCGACCUCAUCCCAGCGCGGCGCCCUCCGAAUCUGCGGCACGGCUUUCGGCGCAGACGGGCGCCCUGAUCUCGGAGUACUAUGCUCACUCGCGUUUACACCAGAUCUCCACGUGGAGGACCGGCUUCUCCGAGUACGUCAAUGAACUGCACAAUAAGCGAAAGGCGACGGGUGUUGCCUCCCUACCGGGCAAAGAGCGACUUCGGAAAUUAGUGGCGCAGGGUGCUUUUGAAAGCCAAGAUACGCCGGCAUCCUUUGCCGUUAAAUCUUGCAUCCUCCACGUGGACAUGGAUUGUUUCUUUGUGUCUGUUGGGAUCCGACAUCGACCUGAACUCAAAGAUAAGCCUGUAGCAGUGACUAGUAACCGUGGACACGUGCGUGUGCCUUUAAGACCAGGGGCCAACCCACAGCUGGAGCAGCAGUACUACCAGAGGAAACAUGCUCUGGCUCCACCUGGCAAAGAGUUUGCGUAUUUACAUGAUGCUGCUCCACAAGAGCGUGCAGAAGUUCAUCCUAAUGGAGUAGACCAGGAUGCUGCUCUUUCCAUGGCGGAGAUUGCAUCCUGUAGCUAUGCUGCAAGGCAGGCAGGUGUGAAGAACGGGAUGUUUUUUGGUAAAGCCAAACAGCUGUGUCCCACUCUGCAGUCUGUUCCGUACGACUUUGACGCCUACAAAGAAGUGGCCCUCACCAUGUACGAGACGUUGGCUAGUUACACUCAUGACAUCGAGGCUCUGAGCUGUGACGAAGUACUGCUGGACGCCUCGGCUCUCAUAGCCGAGUUGGGUGUGGACCCAGAGGAUCUGGCCAAAGCCAUCAGAGCAGACAUCAAGGAAAAGACUGGAUGCUGUGCUUCAAUUGGCAUGGGGUCCAACAUCUUAUUGGCUCGACUUUCCACGCGCAAGGCCAAGCCAGAUGGCCAGUACUUUUUAAAGUCAGAGGACGUGGACGAUUUUAUCAGGGACCUGCCAGUGACCAGUUUACCAGGCGUGGGGCCUGUCAUGGGCCGAAAGCUGGCAGCUAUUGGGGUCAAGUCAUGUGGAGACCUACGACAGGUGUCUCUGACUCGGCUGCAGAAGAAGUUUGGACCACGCUCAGGGCAAACGCUGUUCCGCUUCUGCAGGGGUCUCGAUGACCGACCCGUCCGCUACGAGAAAGAGAGGAAGUCCGUGUCUGCGGAGAUGAACUACAACAUACGCUUUCAAAAGGUUGAUGAGGCUGAAUCUUUUCUGUCCAACCUAUCCAUGGAGGUGCAGCGACGUCUACAAGAAGCCGGGCUGCAAGGUCGCAGAGUGACGCUCAAGGUCAUGGUCCGCAAGGAUGGCGCCCCCCAGGAGACGGCGAAAUACGGCGGACACGGCAUAUGUGACAACUUUGCUAAGACAGUGAUGCUUGCACAGUCCACUGACAGUGGCCAGUUGAUUGCAGCGACAGUCAUCAAGAUGUUCCACGCUAUGAAGUUGCCAGUACAGGAGCUCCGAGGCCUUGGCAUCCAGGUCCAGCUUCUGGAGGGAAGUCACUCCGCUCACAACAACGCCAACGGCCUUCGGACACGCUCCAUCAAAGAGAUGUUGCUCGGCCAGACGUCCGACAGCAAAGACGCUGGGGACAACAACAAGCAUCAAGAAAAGACGCCCCGAAUCCGAGCUAUAUCGCCUGGGUCCAUUGAGGAACCUCAGUCUCCCAAUGUGUCGGUUCCAGGAACGAGCAAAGAACAUGAAGCAUGCAGACAAAUGCCCAAAACCCCCAGAACAAUUCUUGACUUCAGUAUCGAAAUCCCCUCACCUUCACAGGUGGAUCGGUCCGUGUUGGAAGCCCUGCCUGCAGAACUGAGAUUACAAGUGGAGCAGUCGUGGACUUGCAGAGAAGGCAGGCAGACAAACCACCACCGUCCUGCCAGUCCACAGUCUUCGAGUCCCAAGUCACGGCCAGUCUCCCCGCCUUGUCCUCCUCCUCCUCCACUGAACAAACAACCUGCACCACCUGGAGCACUAGUUUUGCAGAUUUCAAACCAGCCAGACAGUCCAGGAAUUGUUUUGGAGCUGCCUAACUAUUCCCAGGUUGACCCAGAUGUUUUUGCCGCUCUUCCCAAAGAGCUCCAGGAGGAACUCAAGUCUGCCUACAACCGUGCUGCAAAUAACCAACCUCAGACAAAAAUGUUGGAGCAGAAGAACGCGCUUUUGCAGCUGAAGCAGUCUGUAGGUGUCGGACGACUAAAGCGGCGAUACAAGAGGAAGAACGCAGUAAGCCCCGCCAAAAAGGGCCCAUCGCCUCAAAAGAAGUACCGCCCGAUGAACAGCCCUGCCAAAAUCGCACCGCCUUUUACUAAACUGAAGGAGCCUAAGAACGUCUUAAAGGCUGAAAAUGAUCCGUCCACCUCCUCCUCAAAGCAGGACAUGCCGGAGCUUUUGCCAAAAUGCAUCCUUCGCCCCUCUCCAGCGUUGGCAGGAGCCUCUGAGCUACCGGAUAUUAAAACGCUGUUGCGGGAAUGGGUGACCACCAUGACUGACCCCAUGGAAGAGGACAUUCUGCAGGUGGUGAAAUAUUGCACUGAUCUAAUCGAGGACAAGGAUCUGGAGAAACUGGAUCUGAUCAUAAAAUACAUGAAGAGGAUCAUGCAGCAGUCGCUCGAGUCCGUGUGGAGUAUGGCCUUUGACUUCAUCUUGGACAACGUGCAGGUGGUUGUGCAGCAAACCUACGGUAGCACCCUAAAGAUCACGUGAACAUCUAUAUACCCGCUUUUUCACUUUUUUUUCUACAUUUGAACUGUUCUUAUUGGGUUCUGUAAGCACAGAAAUCGCAGCUUGUUCUUGGUUAACCAUAUCAACACAAAAUUGCGGUUUCUUAUACGGCACGAGCCAAGAGAGCGAUGCAAAAGCCAUGAUUGUAUUCAAAAUCACUUUGUAUACAUGCAGCAUUUUCUUGUCUUUUAAAGACUAAGGCAACUAAAGGGCAGAGAACUGUUGAGAAGCUCUUUUCUUGGUAGUAUUCUGUCUUGGAGUCCAGUGGAACCUCCAAAGUGGAACACAAUUCGCUCUGUGACGCUGGUUGACUUCAUAGUUUUUCCGAAUAAUUUUUUUUUUCGUGGGAAAUAAUGGAAUUAUUUUUUUUUGUACGAGCAAUGUUUUAAGUAACAUUUUAACAUUAACUGUCAUGCAAGUAUAAAGAGAAGCCAUUACAAAUAAAGUAAAACUCAUUAAAGAUGACUGACAUUUGAAUGGAGAGGGAUCAGGAAGCUGCGGAGCAAUAUUUUCACCGAGUGGUGUAUUGCUGGACUUACAGUAGUGCCUUGAUUUAUGAGUUUAUUUUGUUGCGUAACCACGCUUGUAACUAAAAAAAAAACUUGUAUCUCAAAGCAUAUUACCCCAUUGAAAUGAAUGGGAAUGCCAUUAAUCCGUUCCAGCCCCACAUUGUGCUCGUUCUGGUGUGUCCGCCUUGGCCACAGGGGGCAGUAUAAUACAGAGACUUUCACAACUGACUCGGUAAACUGCAGUAAUAUUAGGUGUUUUUCGCAGAGGAUAAAGAACGUAUGCCUGUGAGUAUUGUUAUAUUGUCUGAAUGUAAAAAAUUGUCUAAGUAUGUUACCACACAUUCAAAUAUACAUGCUUUUAAGGGUCAUAACGCAGCGACUAUCGAUGCUAUUUGUUAGCCGGUCUAUGGCCUUUUGCAUUGUAUGGUGGCAUUAAGCUAGCAAAGUUCUGUGAUUGUUCUAAAUAAACAACUUGGAAUUCUUUUUGUUUUAUCUGUAGUUUGACAGUUGAAUUCAACUGGUAGUGGCAAUAAAAGCUUUAGCCUUUAUUAUUUAAGAAUUGGUCACCAUCUGUCACACUGCUGGUUGUUGAGUUGUGGGCUGCCACCAUCAAGCACUGAAAUCUUGAAUUUUUGCUUGCAAAACAAAUUAUAAUAAUCAACCGAGCGACUGCUUGUAUCUUGAAAAACUCGCAAGUCAGGUCACUCAUAAGUCAAGUCACCACUAUUAUGGUAGCGAUGUAUAAUAAGUGUAUUCAGCAUUUGCUUGGUAAAAUGUAUUUGCUGAUAUUGUACUGCGGCAAGCCAGUUUUCUAUGCUGCAAUAUUUGAAUUUGCUGUUGUAUUCUAUGGUUAUCAUUACACCUUUUCUCUUUGCCAUUACUGGUCCCCUUCAUUGGUGGCAUCACAAACACGUGGAGUUUUAAUUCUUUAGAUGCUCACUGAGCUAAAGUCUCACGCGAUGAUGGGUUAGCUCCAUGUUGUUUGACCUUUUGAGGCAUAUUUUGGGUUCAACUCCAAAUGGUACCACUUUUGGGGCAUCAGGCUUUGGAGGUUCCACUGCAUUGUGUAAAUUGAUUCUCAAUCAUGUACAUGUAAAGAUAUAAGGCUUGUCCAAUGUAUGAAUGUCCUUUUCAACCCUUAGUACAGUAUAUGUGAUCAUAUCUGAUAUUCCUAAAAAAGCAGAAAAAAAUGCUGUAAAAAAGAAAAAAAAAGCAGUCAUCCUUUUUUUGUCUCUUGCAAAAAAAAAAAAAAAAAAAAAAAAAAAGUGCCAAAUCCUUGUCAUCAAAGUAUGUCAUUUUUUUUCCAUUUCAUUUAAAAAUACUUGUUUAAUGGAAGUAAAAAGUUUACCUCUUGUAUUGUUUACAUUUAGUGAAUUCUUAGUAACUUCUAACUGUUGACCUUUUCGGUCUUCGAAAAGAAAGCACUUAAGAGGUUAACUUUUGAUUGUCACUCUAUUCAGUAUGUUACCUCUACAUUUUUUUCUUUUGUGUUUAAGAAGUAAGAUAUCCCUUUGGAGAUAAGUUAGAUCUGAACAAUGUUACAUUUUUAACUUUGUAGCCCAAAUUUGUAUUGCAUUUAUAGAGGACUGACAUAAGAUGCCCAUCAUUCAGAGAUGCUACGGCUAUGUUGGUGGGGAGGGGAAAAAAAAAAUCAAUUAUACAAAACAAAUUAGUGUCAAAUUUCCGGGACUGAAUGUUUGAGAAGUGUCAAAUUUGCUUUACAAGUUGCUUCUGCCCUCGUUGAUGUGUUCGUGAAAGCAAAUGAGCCUCAUUUUAGAACGGGCCAAGUUUUAUAAAUCUGGCUUGUGCCUGAAGACCUGAAGCUGUGAACGUUUUCUAAAGCUUGAUGAUGAUAAUAAACUGUAACUUCUA